CGAAGGCCACUGACUAGGGUGAUGGAUAACGUUUCUUUGACAGUUCUUCAGAUGAUUACUAACUGGGUUGUUUUUUGCGUUUUUUGUUACUGUAUCGGUUGACAUCAAAUAUGGUGAUUGUACUAACGCACACCAUUGUUUCAGCUUUUUUAUACAUGAGAAACUCGGAACAAUUUCUGACACACAGGAACUGUCAGUUGCUUGAUUCAUCAUGCAAUCAAUCUAAACAUGCUAAAGAAUAUGUAGAACAUCGAGACAGUUUGCCUUCAUUUUUUGAGGAAGCUUUCAACCCUUUGCUGGAGGCUAAGACAAUAUCAGAACUUAGAGCUGCCAUCAGCAAAGCUUUGUUAUUAAUUUUUCCACAACAGGCUGGUAAUGCAGUUUAUUUGACAAAUCCUGACACCAGGCGAAUUGAAUGUGAAGAAGAUAAGACUCUGCCAACAAGAGGAAUUUUAUGGCGUGCAUACCAGGAACACGACCAGACAUUAUAUCAAAUUCCUUCAAAAGAAGACCCCAUAAAAUCAGCUCUGGGCGUCACAACAAUCAAUCAGACAAACCAAUUAGUUUUGUGUGUCCCUAUUCAAGAAAGAGAUGAUAAUGAAAAUAUUGGGCUAGUUGUGAUUGCUCUUCCACCAGGUGCCAGUUGCUGUCCACCAUCAGCAGAAGCUACUAUUCAUUAUUUAACAAAACAGGUUUCUUUAUGUUAUCAAGUCAUUAAAAAUGCAUUCACAAGAAGAAAAAGCAUCUGUGUUAGUGACACUCAUUUUGAAGCUCUUAUAAGAUUAUGUGGUGAACUUUAUGACCAAGAUGCUGACAAACUACAAAUUAAAGUCAUUAAAUAUUUAGAACAUCGAACACAAGCACAGAGUGCUUUCUUACUGCUGGUCGUACCAGAUUCAUUGGAACUGUUUUGUCAGGUUGUGGGAAGCAAGAUUUUGUCACAUGAAGUUCGAUUUCCAGGACAACUUAGUCCAUUUUCAAAAGCCUUGGAAACAAAGGAACCCAUUGGCUGGGAUGAAAUAUCAGAGGACCAUCAACACAUGGUGGAAGAGCUUGCCGGCAUAAAAAUCAAAUCCUUGUUAUGUGUUCCAGUCAGAAGAAAAGGAAGUGAACGCUUAGUUGCUCUUGCUUGUGUCAUCAACAAAAAAGGAACAAUAGGUUUUACCAGUGAAGAUAUUCAUGGAAUUCACCAAUGUUUUCAGUACACAGCAACUGUUCUGACAAGCACACUAGCAUUUCAGAAUGAGCGAAAGUUGAAGGAUCAAACACAGGCCUUGCUACAUGUGGCCAGAAAGCUAUUUACAAGAUUAGGUAAGUUUCCUGUUCUUAAUCACAAAAGCACAGAUUAUGGCAUGUUCUCGAGAUAUUUUCACGAACACAGCAACUCGCAUGAACCUGGCGAUAUUCGUGAAUCAGAUGAUUUGUUAGAUCUGCAUGAGUCAAAUGAUGCUGUUUUUUUAGGCAGUCCUGAGCGAAAUGUUUGUAAUAGCACACUAAUACCCGUAUCUUUACAAAACCUGGAGAAACAGCUAGAACACCAAGAAAAGGUUGCAGACAGUCUUAUGGAUCAUUAUGAAGGAUCUAUUCAGAAAACAUCCAAAAGAAGAUACAGAAUUCAUCCCAAACUUAAAUCUCCAAACAGCAAGCGGCCCAAAGACCUGGAUGGGUUGUUUGACCAGGAGGACAACACCACCAAGUCCCCAUACAAGAAGAAAGCAAAGACAAUGUUUCCCAAGGAGAUAGGCCAUGGUGAUUAUUCUGUAGAUGCAGAUUUAGAUGAUUAUCUGGACCCAAUUUUGUCAAGCAGUGGGGAGGAUUUCAACCAGAAGUGGCUCACACCAAGUGAAUCCAGCUUGCCUGAUUAUCCUGCUUCCAGGUCCAGUUCUGAUGUAUCCCAUGAUAGACUUGAAAUACCAGAGUAUCAAACAGCAAGAAAUAAGUUCUCUUAUGAUUCAUGGGCUAGAAUGAAUAUAAGACCAUUAUGGAAGCAGUCGUUCUCUGACUCGUAUCUUUACAGACGGGUAAUAGCUAUUAAGGAAACUACCCCAGACAUGGAAUCAAACAUAAAUAGGCAUGGUGGAUAUCUGGUUCAAGCUUCGAAAAGUGAACCGCUUCUUGUCCACAGUGUAGAACAUUUUGCAUCACCGUGUAACAGCAAGAGCAGCCUGAAUGUGGCUUUCUUUGAAGCAGAAUCUCUCAGUAGUUGCACUGCAGAGUCUGACAGUUCGCACUCUGUUGUCUUGCGGUACGACCUGGUGGAAAUCGCUGUAGAAGAUGUAGACAGUAAAACGAGGCACACAAUCACAACUAAGACUCUUUCUCAGGUUAACAACAUCUGUGUCGAUAACAUAGAUGUUGAUUAUGAAGAAGACCAGAAGAACUGGCCACCUAGCACUUAUCUUUUGCAAGCUAUGCAGCCACCCCUGGCAAAUGAAAUUCCAUUUGAGCUAAAUGAUCUCACCAAACUACUAAGAGAAAUUAUGCAAGAAGCCAGAAACCUGACCAAUGCUGAGAGGUGUUCUGUCUUUCUGAUUGAUAAUGAAACAGAUGAAUUGGUCUCCAAGGUUUUUGAUGGAAUUAGUGCUAAUGACAGUGAGGUUCAGCAAGAAAUUCGAAUGCCAAAGAUGCAAGGAAUAGCUGGACAUGUAGCAACUACAGGAAACCUACUAAACAUCACAGAUGCCUACUCACAUCCUUUGUUCUACAGAGGUAUUGAUGAUAGCACUGGAUUCCGAACUAGAAACAUUUUAACAUUUCCAAUCAAGAAUGAAGAAGAUGUUGUGCUGGGAGUGGCCCAACUGUGCAACAAGAAGACUGGACCAUAUUUCACGGUGUUUGAUGAGGACAUUGCUUCAGCUUUUGCUGUUUAUUGCUGUAUAAGUAUCAGUCAUUGUCUCAUGUACAAGAAACUACAGGACUCACAGCACCGUAGUAAUCUUUCUAAUGAACUUAUGAUUUAUCAUAUGCAGGUGUCUCCAUCUGAAGUGGAAAUGUAUUGUAAAGUAGACAUACCAUCAGUGUUUGACUUCAGCCCAGACUUUGACAAGUUCUACUAUGCUCCAAGAUCUCUUUCUGACAGUGACUCUUUAAUGGCAUGCAUGGCCAUGUUUGAUGAACUUGGAUUCACAUCAAGAUACAGGAUCAGAAAAGACACACUUACAAGAUUCUGCCUGAUGGUGAAGAAAGGUUACAGGAAUCCACCUUACCACAACUGGAUGCAUGCUUAUGCAGUUACACACUUCUGCUACCUCUUAAUCCAGAACAUCAAACUGGAAAAGUAUUUGGAACCCAUCGAAAUGUUUGCUCUGUUUGUGUCAUGCAUGUGUCAUGACAUCGAUCACAGAGGGACGACCAACUCUUUUCAGGUUCAGUCUCAAUCUGUGUUGGCUGCUCUCUACAGUUCAGAAGGGUCUGUCAUGGAGCGACAUCACUUUGCACAGAGUAUGUGUAUUGUUAACACAGAAGGAUGCAAUAUCUUUGAAAAUCUCUCAAGCAAGGACUAUCAAAGUGUCUUAGAUUUAAUGAGAGACAUCAUCCUUGCCACAGAUCUGGCUCAUCAUCUCAGAAUACUCAAGCAGCUGCAAGAAAUGGCAGUCAAUGGUUACGAUCAGACAAAACCAAGAAAUAAGAAGUUCCUUCUCUGCUUGCUUAUGACAUCAUGUGACUUGUCUGAUCAAACAAAGAACUGGGACAACACUAAACACAUCGCAUCACUGGUCUACCAGGAGUUCUUCUCUCAGGGUGACAUGGAAAAGAAUACUGGCAAAAAGCCUCUAGAAAUGAUGGACCGAGAAAAGGCAAACAUUCCAGACUUACAAAUCAGCUUUUUGGAUGGGAUCGCUUCACCAGUUUACAAGGUUCUGGGUCAGCUGUUCGACGAGUGCCAGGUGGUGUACCAGGCGGUGCUGGAGAACCGGCGCAAGUGGGAGAAGAUCCGCCACAUCCUGACGGUGCGUCCGGGCAGCACGAAUAAGCACCAGCUGAGCAUGGAGGAAAUUCUCAAGAUAGAGGACGUCGACAACGAGGAGCUCACCCAGCAGCAGAUCAACGGCAGAUGAUUCCGUCAGUCGGUCGCGACCAGGGCUGCGUUGGGCCGUGCGGUACAGGCCGUUAGACCAACACCCUGUGCUGUCACACACACACACACAGUCACACAGUCGCUCGGGGUGUUUGUGUGUGCUAGAGCGAAGUCGUGGUGUCGUAUUAUCCACUAACAGUUGCAGCUGUCUUCGUAACCAAACCUAGGAAGUGGAACAUUUUUAUCUGUAAAUGUAGAAUUACGGCUUUGAAAAAAAACUGUAGUGGUAGAAAACAGUUGUGGCAGUGAUGAUGAUCGUGUCUGCAUGAAGGUGGUCAUUAGAUGACAGCCAUUAAUAUGUUCGGAGUGGUGGACAGUUUGAUAUUGGUGGACAUUUGUUCUUGGUUUGGAGUUAAUGUGAACAAAAAAAAAAAAAAAAUGUGUUUCCUGUAUAUUGUUUAAAUAUGAAUGGGAAUAUCUGUGAUAAUAUACAGGUUAAGCUAGAGAGAAUUGUAGUUUGCAAAGUCACACGUGUCAUAUUUGAAAGUAUUUACAUGAAUACAAUGAUAGAUCUAUGCAGUUGCAGGCAUUCUUGUUGAAGGUUUCAUUCUGCAAAUAUUUUGUGAGGGGCCAUCCAUAAGGUAUAUCUUGCCAAGGGGAAUAUGUUGAUGUAAAGAUGAACAUGACUGGUGGUUCAGUGCUUCACAGCAUUGUUUUAGUCUGGAAUCGCAACACACUUGACAACAACAUUUUGUCCCAUCAUUGUGUCUUCUAUUAUCAUCGUGUUCUAGUAACACUCGUUUUAAUAUUGCACAAGGAGAUUUAUUUUACUUGAUCCUUUUUGGAAUUUGAAAAAACAAUAAACUAUUGUCCAUUCAUUUUAAUAGUAUAACAGACUCACAUUUGUGCUUGAUAUUAUUUGGGGAAAAAAAUAUAGAUGUGCAUAAUAGAUGGUUGAAAAUAGCAGAGGUCACUGCAUAAUAGUUGUGAAAAACAGGAUGUGGCACAAUGCACUACUUUGAUGUGAUUGCAUAAUGCUGUUGUGGCACUCUAGUUACAUUGUGCCAUUGUGACACAGUGGUUGCAAAUUGUUAUCGCUGCACAGUUUUGCAAACAACACCAGUAAGUGUGGGCUUACAUUUGUUAUGGAGUCCUCCACAUAAGAACAUUUUUAUAUAAAUGUUUUCCUUGCCAUAAUUUACCAAAAUUAUAUUUUGCAAAAUAUUACUUGAUACAAGCCAGUCAUUUGUAAAUGCAGUGAAACAUCGCCCAUCUUUUUAAUUUGAUCAUCUGUUCGUCAGUAAAUAACUUAGAUAUAAAUGUGAUAUGGUCGUGGGGUUAUACUAAUAUCUGACUUGAUUUAUGGAUGGCCUCUUGGUGUAACUGUUAUAGUACAACAUGCAAUUGGUGGCACCUGUUAUCUUGCAAUCUCUUACAAGAUGUAGCUUCCAAUAGUUUUAUGCAUUUUAUUUAUAUGCAGAAUUAUUUUCUACCAUCAAACACAUUACAAUGUAGAUGUCUGUUAUGUGUGUGGCAAUUACUUGUAAAAAUAUUAUUCAUAUUGUUUCUUUAUGAUGGAACGAAAGCUUUCAAAAAUUAUUUAGAUGUUUUUGUGAAUAUUUGGUUAAUAUCUGUUUUUCUCUCCACACUAAAUGUAGACAGAAAGUAUUUUUUAUGAAAGCAGCUGUGCCUUUGCUAUGCACAUAUGUAGAUGAGUUUGUUUUUGUUGUAGUCUUGAUGAACAAUUCGGUGAUGUAAGGACGAUAGACUUGUAGAAACCAGCAGCAUUAACUUGUUAUGUUUAAUAUUUACUCAUCGUAAACAUUACUGUAGACCCAAUAUGUAAUAUUUUAUAUUUAUCUCCUAAUGACCAUGACUGUAUAACUUAAACCAAAAUCCAGUAUAAUUGCAUGCUCUGCUGAUAUAUGUGUGGGACAAAUCCUAACGCCUAACACUAGAUAUAGUAUGUAAAGGCUAUAUGCAACACAAUUUUUAACUUUAUUGCAUUUCCUCCCAACUCAAAUACUGAUUUGAAUAUUCCAAAAGCCAGAAAAGUUAGUAUAAUCUUCUAUGGUCAAAAUUGUUUGGGAUUGCUAUUUACUAGAAAGCAAUUGAAAAUGAUGGUAAGGUUACUGGUUUAAUGGGAGCUCCAUGGCUCUGUCGAUGAAACUCCUGCAUCUGUGGAAGCUUUAGUGGAUCUUGCUUCUGUUACAAAAAGUCGAUUGAUUCCUUGUUCUAGUCCUAUGUAUUAAGGAUGUCUGUGAUGGCUUAAUGGAGAGCCAUGGUCCUGGUGUUUGGAAGGUCUCCACAAUUCAAGACAAAAUUUGUUUACUUCUUGUGGGAGUCUGUAUGCGAAAGAGGUCUGUGCAGGUGGCUAACAAGUCCCAUCGUCCUACAUGGAUUGAGCAGUGGAUGGUCGACAGGAAUCGUAGAAGAGCUCCAGAGAAAGAUUGUAAAGCUUUUGUGAAGCUGUUGAUAAUCUUUUCUUGAGGAGUAUGAGUAAUUACUAUAUUUUUCCAGCACGUGACUGGUAUUUGUGGCUGCUUAUUUUGAUUGCAAAGUUGAGUUAUCCUCACUUGUGCAUUCCUACAGCUGCUCAAAGGGAUGAAGAAGGAAGUAGAAGACACAUAGCUAGAAAUGGGUAUCCUAGCUUAACACAAUGGCAGAUUUGACUGGUUGUUGGGAUGGGGGAAAUGGUACCAUGCUUAGAAAUAGAUUAAGUAUUACUAAAAAUAAAAAAAAGGCCUAAAAUUUCCAAAAAUAUUUUGUUGCAAGUAAUUUCUUUGCUGUUAUCAGUAAUCCAGUGCUAAAAACCAAUAGGAAUUUAGUAAGUAAUCUAAUUACUACUAAGUAAUCUUAUUUAUAUGUAUAUAUAUUGGAAGAAAAUACCUUAGUUUAUAUAAUGUAUAUCUUGACGACUGGAGGAUGCAACUUCAGUAUUAUGAUUGUGUUCUGAAUUAUUCGUUGUAUAGUUGGUAGUGACUUUAUUAUCUUCUGUACAUGAUCGAUGGAUCUCUUGCUUUUUAUGCUCAAAACCACUCUUGCAAAACACUAAUGUAUCUACAUGUACCUUUGGUAAGUGUUAGUGUUUCAGCUACAACCAUAGAUAUGAAGAUCUGAUGAAUCGGUACACUAUUAAAGGAAGGUUUAUAAUAUGAACUUUCAAGAUGUAGUCCUUUAAAUUUUAGGGAAAUAUCAAAUUCUGUAAUACCCGCUAUCCAUUAAUGCGAUUUUGUGUGUGUUUCUGUGUGCGAGUUUAUCGAUUCAGUGCAUAUAACACAGUAUCUUUUCCAUACACACGAUUCUGCAUGUGUGCAUUCAGCAUGCUAAACAAAUAUGCAAACGAGUUUUUCAGCGCAGUGUUGCUGUAACAAAGUAUUUACUAACAGGUUAGAAGUACAUUUCGACAACAUCAAACUUUGUACAGUAAUCUUUUUGCGAAAAUGCAAAUAUGGAAAAGCACAUUUUCGAACACGAAAACACAAUUGAUAAAUCACGCACGGAAUCCUAUUAUUGGAAAGCAGGCCUAUUAAUUAUAGUUGUCUGAACAAAUGGCUUGUUUAGAAAAUAUGAAUACCAGUAAUAAAACUGAUAAGUGUGUGCAUAUGUAAAAUAAGUAAUAUUUUUAACACUUCUAAAUAUAUAUAUAUAUUGGUAGCACAUAUCAAAACUAGGAUAUUUGAUGAUUUAUGAUGUUAAAGUUAGAACAGUUUAUAUUGUAUAUGUUCUAACAGCAUAGUGCUUCGUACAUAUCUGUUAUCCAUGGAUUUAGCUGUGUAUUUUAGUAUCUCUAUUGAUCUGUGUGCCUUGUACUGCUAUAUGUUUAUGUUCUCAGUGUUUUCUUUCUUUAUGUCAGUAGGUCAAGUUAUUCAUUAACAUAAUUACACCAAAUAAUAUAUAUAUAUAUCUAUACAUGUAUUUGUUUAAAAUAAUGUUAUCUCUGUACAUGUGCUUUUUUUCUUCUUUUUUUAAUUUUUAUUUGUGUUACAUAGUAACAUAGAAAUUAUUGGUCAACAGUUUAUAAUACUGGGGUAAAAAUAAAUAACACAUUCAGUCAUUGGACAGUACAGUGCUCAUUGUUUCACUUGAGGACAGCUGAUCAACUGAUUUUUAAAUUCAUUGUUUUAGCUUGUGGUUGAACUUUGCAUCUUCAUUCCUUGUGGUAUAUAAAUUAACUUUCUGAGUUAGUAAUGCCAGAGUAAUACCAGAACUUCUCUGGAAGAUGUGCAAAAUGAUCUUCAAGGAUGUAACAUUUGGCUGUAAAAUACAAUUAAAAGAAUCUGCUCAUAAAUAUCUUUAAUUUACCACUUGACUGUAAAAUACAAUUAAAAGAAUCUGCUCAUAAAUAUCUUUAAUUUACCACUUGACUGUAAAAUACAAUUAAAAGAAUCUGCACAUAAAUAUCUUUAAUUUACCACUUGACUGUAAAAUACAAUUAAAUGAAUCUGCACAUAUAUAGCUUUAAUUCUGCACUUGUUAUCUCAGAAAUGAUCUACGAGACUGCAGUCCCAUGUAUUUUUGUAAUUUUUAAACUUUAGAUUUUUAUUUGUUGACCAUGUUGCAGACAAGUAGUGUUGUAACCUCUGAAGGUAACCAUCUUCUUUCAGAUCAUGGCAUCUGUUGUUUUAGUUGAUUUUCUGGCUGGAUUUAUAUUUGAUUUAGUGUCUGUGCCAAAACUACAUAAUCUUUUGUUGUUCAGAAUGCAUUUUAUGUGAUUAUUUGGUGAAUACAGGAAGUGUUUAAUGCAGAGAUGAAAUAUUGUUAUAUAGGUAACUACCUCUGGUAACGACCAGUAUUUUGCAUUUGUUUACCAAAAGGAAUAAAGUGAAUAUGAUACUAGUAAAUAUUCAACAUUUUGUACUGUUUUAGUUUUUACGAUACCAGUUUAAUCCACAUGAUGAUGUUUUGUUUAUUAUUUCUUUCACAUGUUUUAAGACAAUAUUUUCAGUGGACUGGGACCAUAUUAAUACCACCUCUGUGUUUUUGAGAGUACAACUUUUGAUGAUAUUUUCAAAACCUGCACAAAAAUUGCUAUUGAAGAUAAUACUGGUUGUUAUAUUAAUAGUAUGAUGUAGAGAGUUAUGCCCCUUAUCAUGUUUUACUGUUUUAGCAUCCAAAUACUUUUCAGUGUAUAUUUUUAAAUCUUGGUAUGUAAAUUCUUGAUGAUAAUGUAUCAUCGUUAAUCUCAAAGUAUGUGGUGAUAGAAACUGAUAUUAGUUAUAAUUUAUUUCAACGACUUACAUAUAUUUGAUUACUAUAAAUUAUUUUAUGUUCAAGACAGAUAACUGUUUUGUGUUUAGGAUAUUCAGUCAUUUCUUGCGUAAUGAUAUUCUAGUGUGAUAGUUAUAAUGUGACUGGUAUGAAUGACAAUUGUUUUAAGACAUAUUAAUCUUAAUAUGCAGCUAAAUAACUUCAUGUUAUUUUAUUGACUAUAGGUUAAGAAUACUCAUCAGUACCGGUAAAUUAAACUGUUAGAUUGCUUAAUACUUUGAUGGAAGUGUUAAUGUUAUUUUUAAAAGAUCUUUAUGUAUGUAAACAUAGAUAGUUCAUUAAACCCUUCCAUAAACUGUAGAAUACAGCAGAAAUGGUUUAGUUUCCUUUUGUUUGAAAUAUUCUCCAAAUAAAUAAAAUUAAUAUAGGAAUAUUAAGCACACUUGAUAGGUACAUUAAUCUUAGUUGAUUUUUUUUUUUUAAUUAUAAAGAUAACUUUUAUGGCACUUCUGCUACAUGCAUAAUGUGUAAUUACUGUGUGUAAUAAUAUCUAUUUAUUGCAUGUCUACAUAUGAAAACUUAGUGCUAAUGUAUUGUUAAAUGUUAGGAUGUUACUUUAGAUGCAACGGUCUAAAUGUUAUUUAACUUAAUAUUUUUUUAAUUAUCACUGAAAUCCCAGUGUAACAUGAUUUGAUUACAAUAAUCAACUAGAUAAAAUUUGGUGUUUUUUUUUGUCCAUAUUGUUUUUAACGUUAAAGCAUGUUAAGAAUAUAAAAAACCAACAGAGUGAAAACCUAUAUAUUAUUUUUACAAUAAUAUAUUUAAAAUGGUGUAAAAAACACUUGAAAAAUUCAACACUACAUAAAUUAUGCAUAUUAGACCCUAGUCAUUUCUCAUAAUAACUGUGUUUUAAUUUCAUGUUGAUUGAAAAGGUAUAGUAGUUAUUGCAGUUGUUUAGUCUGUAUUAGAAUACAAUAGAGAUAUCAAAUACCUGACUGAAACAGCUUGUUAAAAACACCUGUGCUGUUACCUGUAUAAUAUAUAUAUCUUUUUUUUUUCUUCUUUUUUUUAGUUUUUUUUGCAAAUGUAUUUUGUUGAUUUGCUACAGUAACCAUAAUUAUGUUGCCAAGUGUGACUUGCAUCAUUACUUUUAAUCAUUUUGUAAAUCCUAUUUAACAUUUGCUCAGUUAACAUAGGUAUAUUUAUGCAUAUUGUUAGCUUGUUAUAUUCAGGGAAUGUUUUUUUGUUUGUUUUGUUUUCUUUGUGCCAUCUCUGAAUAACGAAUAGUUUUUUUUUUCCUGUUUUUUUGUAUAGGAACAUAUUUUGUGAUGAAUUAGAUAUAUCUUGUGUCUCUAGGCAUCACUUGUUCAGACUUUGUUCUUUGUUCUUUUAAUAAAAUGUUUACUAACACACUA